AUGGAUGAAAUCCGCGAUGCUGCGUCGAGUCUCCAAAAGCUCUUGGCGGCACUGGAGGCGCAGGAGAGCGAGGACCAGUCGCCCGUUUGCGUAAAAGCUGCCAAACUGAAAGCGCGCGUGCUGGAGCUCGAGCAAAAGCUAAAGAACGUCGUGGACGAAAAGGAGUACUGGCUGCGUCGGUGUGUCGAGUACGAAGCGAGUUUUGCCACGAUGGUGCGUCGCACGCGCAGCAACUCGGAGCUCCGUGAAAUGGCAGACACGUUUGUGAAUCCCCCAAGCAAGGGUCAAUCACCCCGAUCGAAACACGCUUCAACCCUCGUCGAGGACCUGACGAACGCGCCAUCCAUUCCGUCCAUGAUCAAAGCCAAGCGCGCUUCCUUCCGCCUACUUCAGUGCAGCGACGAAGAGUGUGAAGUCUUCACGUCACUUAAUCGCACGAUUCAGACGCAAUGCCGAGCCAAGAACAACGUCCAGUUGAUGUGGGACACCUCGCCGACAGCAGUUCUUCUUGUAAAGAAGCCGAACGAACCCAACGUCUCGCGGACGAUGCGUGAGGUUGCCGCAUGGCUCAUGCAUGAUAAGCACAUGCGAGUGUUCCUCGAGCCCAAAGUACACGACGAGGAAGGCCUUGCCGGAACAGUUACAUGGACCGAUUCGCAGGACUGGCUCACAAAGCAGCAUGAGAUCGACUUGGUCGUGUCAUUUGGUGGCGACGGCACCGUGUUGUGGGUGUCGUCUCUCUUCAAGACAAAUGUACCGCCAGUGUUUUCGUUUGCGAUGGGGUCGCUCGGCUUCCUCACGCCCUUCGACGUCUCGCGGUACGAAGAGCACUUGACGCAACUCAUUCGAGGCGGAUUCCACAUGUCACUGCGACAGCGCCUCAUUUGCACCAUCAUCCGCGCUGACAACACCCCGCAUGUCGAAAGCGUUGCCAUGCCGAUCCAUGCGCUCAAUGAGGUAGUUAUUGACCGCGGGCAAUCGGCCGCUCUAGUCGAGUUGGAUUGCUUCUGCGACGACGUUGCGUUGACCAAGAUAAGCGCCGAUGGUAUCAUCAUUGCCACGCCGACAGGCUCCACCGCAUACUCGUUGUCGGCGGGCGGUAGCAUGACUCAUCCCAGUGUGCCGUGCAUGUUGUUCACGCCCAUCUGCCCCCACACGCUAUCGUUUCGUCCGCUGCUGUUCCACGACAGCGCACAUCUCAAGAUUGUCGUGCCCACCACGGCGCGCACGAGUUCGGUGAUGACGUCGUUCGACGGCAAGGUUCGCGUCGAAAUGAAAUCGGGCGAUACGCUACAUGUCCGCGUGUCAACGUUCCCGUUGCCCAGUGUGUGCAACCUCAAUGAAAAUGAAGACUGGUUUGCGUCCGUCAAGAGCAACUUGAACUGGAACCAGCGCAAAGAGAUGAAACCUUUUUUCCCAAACGCAGCGCCGACAUCGUCGUCGUCGUCGGUGGACGGGCUGGAGUAG